CAUCGGAGCGAGCACAUCAGAUCGGGGGAUUUCAUUUCGUCGCCUGGUAAGCAGAACUAAUUCGAUUUCUUGUUAUAUAUAUAUACUUGUAUACGUUGCGAUAAAUAUAAUUGUUUCUCUUUGUGAAAGACAGCAUAUGUUUGCAUGCAUUGAACGAUUUGCGAAAUAAAUGACCCGCAAGCUAGUUAGCUGAGUGCAUGUAUUCAUUAUUCGCCAUGACGAUGACCCGAACGGAUCGAAAUAGUAUUUUCUACACAAUAAAAGAAUUCUCUCUAUUUUCUUUAUAAGGUUCAUGUGCACUACACAACUUUUGCUUUAAACUGUCGCAUGCAACCUGCUUAGAACUUGAGUUGUGCUGUGUAAAUCAAGCCCGGCACAACUCGCCUAUACGAUUCACUGCAGUACAACCUCAAGUUGUAAGCACGUUGCAUGCGACAAAGGCCGGCAAAGGUUGUGUAGUAUAAAUCGUCCUGUAGUAUUUAAUACAAUAUCGUACCUCACAACCGUAUAAUGGUAUAGUUAUAUAAUAUAACAUAAUAAAAUUAUAUGCUGAUUUAAAUAUAAUAGCAUACGUUGCGCCGUGGUCAUACCAUGAUGUAUCAUUUGAUCUUUAUCAAUCAAUGGUUUUAUUUUUCAAUUUUGUCCACUGCAUGUUAAACGCGGAUAUAUUCUAAAUUCUGAGCAAACGUCGACCUGUUUUGCGCAGGUAUGCUUGUAUGAUUGCACAUUUAAAGUUAGCAUUUACGAGUUGUAAAUUCAAGCUAGCUUCGCAUUAGUUCAAAUGACUAAUACGGCAAAGUGCCCUCAUAUCCGAUAUAAACAUGUGCAGAGGGGCCAGAGGACCUGUAAAAAAUGCGAAUUUCCCGUUAAAGCCAUCUGAAUUGGUUGGACUGGCUUUUUUUAGUAUGAGAUACAACAGGGAAAUGUUUGUGAUUCCACUUUUGAUCUUAUUUUAAUAAUAAGUUUAUCAAUACUAUAACAAAUAUUAGAACGAAUAUAUAUAACAAUAUAUAUAGAGUCUAGACAAUCAAUAUACGAAGUGUAGAGAGUCACACGAUAUUUACAUGCAUGCAUGCAUGCAGUUGCGAAAUGUUUAUGGUUUUUGCACUGCAAAAAUUUCACAGCAAAUUUAAUCAUUUUUUGAGUUAUGAAUAUCAACAAAUUCCACUAGACUUCUUAAUUGCAAUUUAGUUUCGUACCCGACAAGACUAUACGAUAUAAAAAAAUAUGAUCCCUUCAAACCAUAUAUUAAUUUAUUGAUUCUGUGGCUUUCGGGGGGUUUAUUCAAUAUGCAUUUUGAGGCUUCGCCUUCGGGGAAAAUUGGAGCCUGUUAAAAAACGGCAUUAAUAAUUCAUGAGGGAAAGACAAAAGAAAUCACUGCCUGUAAUUUACAUAAAUUUUAGCUUUGACUUUGAUUUUCUCGGCUUAUAGGCAACGCUGAUUUUUAAAAUUACUUCGCCAAUAAACUCAUAAGAUGGAUCGUUUUUUAAGCCAUUUAAAAUACUCGCAGUUCGUGCUUUAUCAGAUAUAAAACACUCGGCUAACGGCUCGUGUUUUUAUAUCUAAUAAAGCACUCCUGCUGGUGUUUUAAAUAUAGUACUUAUCAAGGGAUAACAUAGAACUAUACAUAUUUUCUGAGUGAGUAAGGUCGCAGUUUAGCAGUUUCACUAUAGUAUAGGUUGAAAACUUUGUUAGUUUAGUAAAUGAUAUGAUCUCUAUUUUUGGUUUGAUAAGCCUAGCUAGCUGGACCUCCUGUCGGUUCAAUUUGCGCUAGGUCACUGACAUUUAUAGCCUUUGGGAAAAUAAAUUGAACAUCCGAAAGCUAUUUCCAUAUCAUCUUUUCUCACGCUAUAUGGGUUUUUAAGCGCGCGCAAUUUCAUCGAGUUGUAAAAUUAACGAGUGACGACUGCCUCUCGGUUAAUGGUAUUCCAUUGUUGUCUAAGUGUUUAUUUUAACAAAGGUCAACAUAUGAAAUUCAUUCUUUACAUUGGUAUGAUCAUUUUAGUGACAUUUUGAUGCAUUGUCGUAAUAUAUCAUUCGUCAGCUACUUCGGAGUUUCACUUGAGGUCCUUGAGUACAUGCGUCACCCAGAAAUGUUUUAGGAACCAUUUCUUUCGCGCCUUCACGUACUGGCACAGUUGUAAACUUUAAUAAGCAAGACUUAAUCUAGUACGCAUGCAGCUUAUAAACUACACCGUUAUUAGGAACUUAAUAGCAAGGACUUAAUAGCUACAAUGAAAUUCACAAUAUUGUGGAAAAGAAACGGCAAAUUAUCAUGUCUUGUAUACAUUAUCAUGUCUUGUAGACAUUAUCAUGUCUUGAACCAAUUUAGAUUCAUGUAUUUUAUUUUAAUCAAAACAAUAUAGGGGCCUUAUAUCAAAAGUCCAACAGGAUUUCAAAAGGUCCCUAGCUCCUUUAUAAGUUUGUAUUUUAACUAUAUUUCCAUUGUAAAUAUUUUUGUGAGCAAAUAUAUUCUAUUCUAUUCUAUAUUCUAUUCUACUAUACACAAUGUCAACGCGGCUACAUUCAGGGCGUGCCUAGCGCGAUAAUUGGGGAGGGUGUAUUCAAAUAUUCGUGUUCUGCCCGGACGCACUUUUGAAAGCGAUUGUUUUACGGUAUGUGAACAUGAAUACAUAAAUAUACACCCUCCAAUUAUCGCGUCUAGGAACGGCCCUGGCUACAUUCCGAGGCCUUUCAAGUUUCGACAAGUGUUAUUUAAUAAUAAUAAUCUUCAGUUAUUCAGGUAUAGCAAAUUUCACCAAAAAGUGAUUUGCAAUUGGGUCUUGUAAUUACCUAAUUAGAAACAAGUUAAAAAUUGUCAAUAGUAAAAUAUAUAGCUACAGUGAAUAGAGUUUUUCCAGGCACAGGAUAGUGAAUUUUAUAUACAACACAACAAUGAUAUAUUUCCAAUGUUUUCUCUUGAAAAUAGCAAGAUUUGGUGCUUCACAAACUAAUUUAUUUAUUGUUGUCCAUUGACCCCAGUUUAUUUUAGAUUUACGUAUGUUCUUCUUGUGUCUGGUAUUAUAAUGAUUAUGAAAAUCCUUACUCUCUUUGUAAUCAAAUUCAUGUAAAAAAUUGGGUCCUAUAAAUUCUCAACCAUAAAUCCUUGUGCUCUAGUUUUAUUGCGCAUAUCUAAUAACAACGUCUAGCUAACAUAUGUAACCAAACUGCAAUGUGAAGUGGUAAAGAAAGAGUAAGGGCAAAGCCAAAGAGAAAAACACUCUGCAUUGAUUAGGCAUGCUUCAGAAAAUAUACCUUCAAAAAUGACAGAACUCUGGCUAUAGGGCUCUCUGUGCAACUAACAUUUUAAACCACAUCAUGCAUGCAUGUUUAACCCUUGUGUCUCGGACCGUGACCCUACUUUUUAUUUUAUAUUUUUGUUCUUCUAUACGUUUGACAUGCCAUAUCAGAAAAUAAGAUAAAAAUAAUUUCCACAAACUUAUAAUAUUUUACAUUUUUCGCGCAUGCUUUCCAACUGACAUGUCUGAAAAGAUGGGAAGACAUCUUUGCACCACGACAAUGCACGUCAAUGGUUUUCGAUUCGCUGGAAUACCACGUAUUUUAUAUAAUCACUAGAUAGACAUUUUUAAUAGGAUCCUUGUUAAAAAAAUUCAAUACCGCAUUCUGUAAUUCGUAAAAGGAUCAAGAUGGCGCCAUAUGGGGGAAAAGGUGGUAUAUUGCACUUGUCAUAUCUUCGAAACGAGUUCGGUGACCCCUAUUUUUUUCUGUUUUUACUAUGACUAUGAGCAUAUAUAUCAUAAACAGGAGAUGUUUACAUAAUGGAAGGUGGGAUGAUUUUGAUAUAUUGAAAGAAGUCACUAGACUAAACGAAAGUUCAAAUCAUGUGCUGGUUAACAGAACUCAAAUGUUGUAGAAAAUAUCUUGUAGUUCAAGAAGCUAGAUUAUAAUUGUGCACCAUGACUUAUUUCAAUUACACAUUGAAAUCGUCCCGCCUCAUAUCUCGUCCUCGCACAGCGGCAUCAUAUAAACAACCCCUUAUUCAGCAAAUUGCGUAUGCUGCCUUUCAUCCCUUGGGGGCGAGGCAGCACUUUCCUUGCAACAGUAACUUCUAGUAUAUGAAUAUACUGAAAAGAGCGUGCGAGGAUUCUUGGAAUUUUAAAAUCCCUGCUAAACCACCUGGGGAUUUGGACAUUUUUUUCGAGAUUUUCAGCAGUUUUGGCACGAUUUUGAAAAUAUUUUGGUACUUAGACAAAGGGAUUUUGCAGGAGAUUUUGAGACUUUAAGAUAUUUUGUGGGAUUCUUAGUGAUUUUAUAUAGGGAGUUUUGAGAUAAGAAUUUAAAAUUUUUUUGCCGGAUUUGGAAACCCUUCGAAAGACUCAUUGGAACUUUUGGAAGGUGUACGACCAUUUUUGGAAUAAUAUACCACGGGGUUUCAAACUAAAAUACUACAUGGACAGCUCUAUAUCAGUUCCAAAAUGCUCUCCUUAUAGUCAUAGACAAAUCCUAUCAAACAUAAAUCCUUCAAAAAGUGAUUUAUAGAAGUACUGUAACAACGUAAAUCAUUGUUAUUUAAACAUAGAUAGUCGCUCGCUUGAGGUCAGAUAAAUACUUUAUGGGAAGCCUGACAAGGUUAAGUAAAUACUAUAUGGGGGGCCUGCAGUCGUUUGAAGCUACUGACCAAAUACCGUAUGUCCAUAUAGAUCUUUACGUCCUUGUGUAAAAUAACACUGAACGGAUAAGAGAUGAUCCUUACUGGACCACUAGGGAGAACAGUUUAGAACUGAUAGAGCUGUCCUGUAUAAAUAAAGUUAGUUUAGUUUAGGUUUCCUCCUGCAGGAACACUGGAUCAAUAAGAGAUGAUCUUUACUGGACCUCUAGGGAGAACAGUUUAGAACUGAUAGAGCUAUCCAGUAUAAAUAAAGUUAGUUUAGUUUAGGUUUCCUCCUGCAUGUAGUAACACUGGAUCGAUAAGAGAUGAUCCUUACUGGACCUCUAGGAAGAACAGUUUAGAACUGAUAGGGCUAUCAAGUAUAAAUAAAGUUAGUUUAGUUUAGGUUUCCUCCUGUAGUAACACUAGAUCAAUAAGAGAUGCCUCUUACUGGACCUCUAGGAAGAACAGUUUAAAACUGAGAAAGCUAUACAUUGUACAUAUAUAGUUUAUACUUUGACGUGUGCAUGGGUCUGUUCCGGAACCAGUGAAAGUGUUAAUUGAAGCAUGUGCUGAUUACGAACAGACAUAUUAAAAGAUAAAUGUUGUAAAGGAAAUAUUCCGGAUGUUUAGAAAAUGUACACACACCCAUAAUAAUCUGACGCCGGUUUAACUGAAAAUGAUUACGUUUAAUCCGAGAUUAAUGUAAAUCGUUAAAGCAAACUUCCGGUUUAUAACAAACCCCGAGUUUCAUUCAGAUUGCCCAACUAUGAUAACUUCAGUGCUACAUGCAGAAGGAAAACUAACUUAUGUUGUGUUGCGUUCUAAAAUGCAUUUGCCAUCCACGUUAGAAUAUUUGCGGUGGAAUCAUAAAUUUUGUAUCACUAUGUCUAUACUGUCAGCUGAUGUUCUUGUGAUCUGCCAGUACAAAUCCGCUCUAACUCUAUAAGAAAAAUAUGCGCAUUUCACAGAGUAUUUCCCCAUUAAAAAAUACUUGGAUCAUGAAAUGACUGAAAUACUACGUGUAUAGUAUACACGGGUGACACCUAGCCUAUCUUCGUAGCCACCGAAGCACCGAAUAGCGCACCAAACUGCGAAUUUAAACAACUUAGGUUUCGAUUACACUAGAUGAUACGCCCUUACAGUCUGUGGUUUCGUCUUAAAGUAUAAUAAUAGUGUACUAAUAGUGUAUAUUAUAAAGUAGAGAGUGAGAUACUGAAAAAUACACAGUGAGAUACUUUCCAUAUCUUCACUAGUGAAGAUAUCGAUCACGUAACUUUUUCCAAUUUGGUUUUGAGCGUGAAAUUUCACAAGUUUUUGCUUGGGAUUAUAUAAUAAACAGAACAUUACACGGUGGCUUGAAGAUAUACGACUUUUACCUUCUCGUGUUAAAAAUAAUAUUUUACUCACUCGCUGCGUUCGUUCGUAAAAUAUUGCUUUCACCACACGAAGAUAAAAGUCAUAUCUUCGCGCCGCCGUGUAAUAUCCUCUAUAUAUGAGGUCUGGUUUUUAGAGCGUAUAGACAGAUUACGUAAUUUGUCGAUUUGUGGCUGAAGAGACAGUGGGAAAAAAACGAAGGCUGCCCCAAGCGACUAAUUACGCUUUGAAAUUCAUGUUGAAACUUGAAAAGAUAUCAUCAGAAAUAUCGUCCAAGGGCAAGGCCAAAGCAACUUUAAGUCGUUAUACACGCAGAGGAUGAAUGUCCGUCGGAAGUGUGGGAGACUAAUUAUUUUAAUUAUUUUAACUAUAUUAAAUAUUUAAGCAGCUGAAUCUAUAACGUCAAAAAAGGGUAAUAAAUGAUAUUACACAGAUUACUUAACAGAGAUUAUUUCGAUUUGUACUCGACAUUUCUGUCCGCAAAAAAAAUUAUACUCCUUUAAAUUUCCAGCCUUCAACUUGAAAAGCCUAAAAUGUUGACAGUUACCCCAUGCAUCACCUUAUAUAUAUAUAUAUAUAUAUAUAUAUAUAUAUAUAUAUUAUAUAUAUAUAUAUAUAUAUAUAUAUAUAUAUAUAUAUAUAUAUAUAUAUAUAUAUAUAUAUAUAUAUAUAUAUAUAUAUAUAUAUAUAUAUAUAUAUGUAUAUACAUAUGUCGCUCGCAACGUACUGUAUAUUGCAAUAUUCCAACAGCUCAAAUAAGUAGAGGAUCAUUGCUUGAAGUUCUUACACAUACUUGUAGUAGCUAUCUAAUGAACAUUUGAGGGUUGUUAGCUAAUUAACUCUUGUCACAAUUUGGAACCUGAUCUUUUUGGCAUGUCGUAAUUUAUUCUUUUGCAUCCUUAGAGAUUUAGACGCUUAUGAGCAUGCCUCGAUGAAUUUCUUUGUUUAUUCUUUCGUAUUCACUUGUGCUUAUUUUAUAGCUGUAACCUACGUCCAGAAUUAUUAUAUUUUGCCAACGGAAAUUUUAACGGAAUCGAUAGUCAUUCGAUAUUUCAUCCCCUGAAACUCAGCACGCGCAGCAUUCGUGACCUGGCGAAGCAGGUCACUAUGUUCAUUUCCAAAUGUUCAUUUCCUACUAGCCAUUAUGAUUAUGUGCAAAGACAUCAAUCAAUUAUUCUUUUAUUCAUUUGAGCUGUUGGAAUAAUAUUGCAAUAUACAAUACGUUGCGAGCGACAUUUGAUGUAUGCGUUCGCGUAUAAUUAACCCAAGAAAAUUCAAAAUGGCCGACAUAUAUAUAUAUUCGAAGGUCAAACUUUUCUGGAUCCAGUAUAUAUAUAUAUAUAUAUAUAUAUAUAUAUAUAUAUAUAUAUAUAUAUAUAUAUAUAUAUAUAUAUAUAUAUAUAUAUAUAUAUAUAUAUAUAUAUAUAUAUAUAUAUAUAUAUAUAGUAGCAUCCCACCGGGCACACGACGUUGCUUCAACGUUGAAAUUUGGUAGAAAAAAGGUUGCGACGUCGACAACCUAAUAUCUACGUUGCUCUGACGUUGUUUUACAAACGUUGGUUCAACAGCAGCCAACAGACGUUGAAUUAACGUUCAUUCAUGGUUAAAUGUACGACGUCGAUUUGUGAACAAUCUCAACGUUGUUUUAACGUGGAUUUAACGUUGAAUUAUGGUUGACGAGAUUGGCAACCUAAUUUCAACGUUGUUUCAACGUCGAAACAGUAACGUCGAUCCAAUUUGCAUAGUCAACCCUUUUUCAACGUCUAUCCAACGUCUGGAAGGUCAUUUCCAACGUUGAUUCAACGUUGGAUAAACGUCAUUUUGCCCGCUGGGAUAUGUGCAUUCACUUGUGGUUAUACUCGCCGGAAACUGGACUUUAUAUAGCUCAGUUGGUUAGAGCGCUGCACCGGAAUCGCUUUUCCUCAGUGCCAGAGAACCUAUAUAUACAGGUGAAUAAAAAAGAUAAUCCUUUCUUUGGCAUGUUAUCACGACUUAUAUACUGCGUUUAUCCAUUUACUUUUUUCAUAUCAAUAAAGAUCAGGCAUUUAGCUGACGACUGAUACCUUUCUUGUAUCAUCGAGUGAUAGCCAAAUACGAUGCGUUUUAAAAAUGCCGCUCGAACUCGCAAUUUUCCACCGUUGGGAAAUGUAUGCAAAGCUAUAUUGUCUGAGUUUUGAAAUUAUUCUCAUUUGGGAUUCAAAUUGAGUCGCUUGAAUCAAGAUGGUGCAACGCAUGUACAAGCGUCGAAGUUUUGGAAAAUGUCUACUCGCAAUUUUGCAUCGAAGUUGAGUGAUUAAAAUAUUUUACAGAACUGGAGGUUUGCAGACUCGUUUUCCAAAUGGGCAACAAACAUUUGGACAAAUGUUCCAAACUGAUUGGAAGAACAUUUAAAUCGUAAAAGUGGAAAAAGUACAAUUUCAACCGAUCAUUUUAAAAUCAGAUCGUAUAUUUGGUCAUUUUUUAUCGCAAGAUUCAUGCAUAAAGGUGUCAUUUUGACAACUAAUGAUCUUUAUAAAUACGAAAACAGAAAACCUAUAUAAAAUAAUUAACACACGAUAUAACCUAGCUGUCAAAUUUGGAUUACAUUUUUUUUAUAUAUACAUGCACCCUGUAUAUAUAUAGUUUCUGAUUGGAUCUAAAAAAUGAAUAAAUCUUAUACAGACACGAAAGUUCCAUCUGCAACUGACAACCCUUCUCUACAAAUAACCCUUCAAUAAUAGUUGAACAAUUAUUUCUAUAGUAUAUAGCCGGUCUAUUUAAUACUGAAGUGAGAUGUCCCACUGAAUCCUGUUACCGGCGGCAUAGAUUAUAACACCUUACCGGUAUAGACAACACGCACGCAUGUGUUAUAAGACAGAUUUAUACAACUGCACAACUUUUGCCUAAUAGGGAAGCCUCACAUAUCGAUUUUGUCCAUGAGAAACGUCAUAUGGACGUUUCUCUGGAGACCCCCGCCACACCCACCCCUUAGAAAGGUCACACAUAGUUAUCGAUAUUUUGUUCUUCAAGGACCAGUUAUUCAAAAGCCGCUCAGCCUAACCCUGGGGUAACAUAAAUCUACAAAUUAAAUUUUCCAACAGCUCAUCAAUCAAGUCGAAUAUGUUUUUUUCCAGAAAUCUUUUCUGGUUCAAUAGAGGUUUUAUUUUCUAAAGGUUUGAAACGAAUGAUUAAUGCAGAAAUACAUAAACAAAAACAGCAGGUUAAAAUGUAACCCAUGCAGGGUUAGUGCUAUAUAAGCGGCCUUUGAACAACCGUCCCCAAUACACACAGUGUAAUCUUCUACAGCCGGUUAUUGGCGAUGCUUCCGCGAGGAAUAUGUCAUCUUAUGCUGACACAUGUUUUAUUAUUAAUAUGUGAACUUAAAAAUUUCCAACGUUUCUCAAAACAACUUUUUUUGCAUGCAUGAAAUAUCGCCUAUCGGACAAUUCUAGCGCGUUUUUCUUGAAGUUUGAGUGUUUUCAAUGCAAGGAAGGCGUGAUAAAUAAUAUAAAUGUAUAGAACAGGAAUGGUAUAUUACGAAUGUAUAGAUUGGUGUUUGUAUUAAGUUGUUUUCUUUUUAUAUUCUGCAAAGAUGAUUCCGAAAUGUUAAGGCUUCCGAAAAAACUAUUGAAUUUUCCAAUGAUGUUUGACAGAGAAACGUCACAACUGCAAACCCCACACCCAAACGAGCAUAUGACGAUUCUCGUGGACAAAAUCGAUAUGUAUGAGGCUUCUCUAAAACUGUCGCGUGCAACCUGCUUACAACUUGAGUUGUACUGUGCAAAUCAAAGGUUGCAUGCGACAGUUUUAGGGAAGCCUCACAUAUCGAUUUUGUCCACGAGAAUCGUCAUAUAUGGACGUUUACACAUGAUUUCGGCAAACGUUGUGCAGUGUGAAUCGGCCUUUAUAACGAAUACAACUGAGAAUAAUGAAAUUGGUCAUGGAUAAAUUUUUUUGACAAUAUAUUGAGGAAGAUGAAGUAACAAUAUUUAAUACGUUUUAUUGACGCUGAUAAGAUAUUUGCAUAUUUCAUUUGAGGCAUAAUUAACUGAGGUUUUGAAAGAUAGCAUCUAAAAGAUGAUAAAUGGAAAUAAUAAAAUGUAAUAUUAUGUAAUUUUGUCCGGGAUGUGUUUAGAUAAAACUAAUGUUAUUCGGGAAAAGUGUCAGUGAUGAACACACAAUCUAUUAAAAACUCUGCAUGCAUGCAGAUGUAAAUAUCUGCUGAAGAUUCGAAACUGCUUCGAAACAUACAGUUUAAAAAAAAUAAUAGACUGUGUAUAGUAAUAUAUCCAUGCACACUUUUUUCGGAAAAAUAUUUGUGUAUUAUUUGCGGAAACUAUCGGUGGGUAAAGGGUUAUGUUUAGACUUCUACGAAAUAUGAAUCAUAUAGACAUAUAAACUAAUAAGAUAAGUAUGGAUUUGGGGGAAGAGAUAAGAUAAAAUAUAUUAGUUAUGAUUAGAAAGUUUGGGUUAGUAAUUAUAUUACUUGAACAGUUGGCAUAUAGUUAUUCAUAGUCUCACACUUGAUUUGACAGAGAAAAAAUUUCGAAGUUGUUAACAAGUCAAUCGCAAGGUAUAUAUAUGCUUUAAUUUAUAAUAUAGAGAGCAAAACGCGCGUGUACAAAUUUCUUGAAAUUUUUCUUGGGGGUUGUUUACAUGUAAGCCGGGCUGCGCGCUUAGCGAGAUAGCCCUGCAUUAAACGGAAUCUCACUGUGCAGUUAUUUUUAUAGUAAAAAUUAAGGAAAAAGGUGCGUUUAUAUGUCGACUAUAUAGCAAGGCUGGCCCGAGAUCUCGCUCGAAAAAAGGCGAGGUCUCGCUUAUACCGGGAUGAAAAUUUCGCUCUAUAGAUAAACAUUCAUGCCAAAGCGGGCUGGCCCGGUUAGGGUUAGGAUAAAACGCGUAUACGGACGGACGGACGGACGGACGGAUGGAUGGCGGACGGACGGACGGAGGCAUCUUUCAACUUUCAUCCUAUAUUUUUAAUAUAACUGUCAAAACGACAAAGUACGUUGUUCCGGCAAGCGGGAUGAAAUUUUCUCAUAUAAACACAAGAGAAAUACACAGCCCAGCUUGAGCAGUUCGGCAAGGCUAUUGGACGAAUUAAUUCAUUGUCUUCGACACAAAAAUGCGUAGUUUCCGACCAUACUUGACUAUGACAAAAGUCGUGAUGACAUUGACAUUGUGCUAGACUUGUUAUGAACUUUCAAUGGAAGCUUAUAUCUAUAUAGAGCUGUGCUUGACUUAAACUUUUAAGAUAUUACGUUACCGAUCUAAUCACGCGUUUCCGACAACAUUAUUCUAACGACAAAUCUAGCAUAAUGCCAAUGCACUGUAAUGCACCAAGGAGGCCUACUCUCAAGACUUUUACCAACCUGCACUAACAACUUUUCCCAUAGACUAUGUCCGCACUAACCGUUUUCGUAGGGUUUUCGUAUUGUUCCAGGCCAUUAGACCAUUGUUCUCUAUUUCCUUGUGAACGGCAAUACGAAAACGCUACGAAAACGGAUUAUAGUAUCGACGUAUAUAGCCUUAGUAUAUAGGCUAUAUACGUUCUCCUAGGUCUGUUUCAAACGUCGCGCUUCUCAUGUGCCGAACGCAUUAUAAACAAUAGAUAAUGAGGCAUUUCAGCUGAUUAUCUAUUCAGUUUUUAAUGCGUUCGGCACAUGAGAAGCGCGACGUUUGAAACAGACAUACACAAUCUAUUAUUAGUUUUAAAAGACAAUUAAAAACCUUCCUAUUUCGUAUAGCGUACGACAUUGUUUCUUAAUAUUCCGGUUACUAAUAUUUUAACGAUAUAAUUCUUAUACUUUUUAAAUCUUUCAGACAGUAUUCCCAUCUAAUGUUGGUGUAUUUCCAAUAAAUAUAAAUAGUGCGUCUGAAAAUCAUUAAUGAGAAUUUGCGCUUUAUAAAUGUAUUAUUAUUAUACUUGUUAUUUCUUUUCCUUUUCAUCCAUAUAAUGAUUAUAGUAAAUAUUGAUAAACAAGUUUCGGUCCAAACAAUUUCGGCUCAGUCAUGCAUCGGUUAGGCUAUAAAAUUCUGGCAAAACUACAAGUUUAGUAAGAUCGUGCCUUUGUGCAUUGUUUUUUACUGUUUCCAAUCUUUCGUCGGACGUUUGCCAUUUUUAAAGACUAAAGUGCUUGUUGUAAGUAUAUAAUAGCAAAGUCAUUUUACGUCAGAGGAACUGAAAAUCCCGGCAAUAAUCUCGGAAAUUACUAAGCGAGUUUCACGUGAGUUGGCGCCAUAUAACUGGGUUAUGACGAAACAGUAUAUAUGCAUUGUAUACGCGUCAUAGCAAAAAAAGAGAGCAAUAAGCCAUGGUAUUCCUUAUAUAGAAAGCAGAUUAUACUGGUACUAAACAGAUUAUAUUCCUUAUAUAAUAUAAUUUUAACUUCAUGCAAUCUUUAAGUAAAUGCAUGGUUUUUGAACGAAUCUGUAUUUUGAUAGUAAAUCCAGAUAGUGUGACGCCAUCUACCGGUGUACCAGAUACCGGUGAUUUUGUAAAAAUGCUUCAAAAAAAUCAUAACAUCAUGACGAAAAUUUAUAAAUAUUAAAGUUUAUUCAGAGUUAUGCCAAUCAACAGAUCAUUGAAAAUGAUACUAAAAGACGAUGACUGAAUUUUUGGCAUUUAAAUGAAGCAUGCAACCAUCCAAUUAAAUGUACUGUGAAAUCGUCUCAAUAUAAAAUCGUAGCUCAGUAUACUAAACAUAUUGAUAUGAGCUUUAGUGUCCACUGACAGAUUUACAGAAAUCAUUAAAAUCUAUAUACAACAAUAUCAAAUUACUUUGAAUAAAAUUGAAUAAAAUUGAAUAUAGUUAAAAUAAGUAAAAUGUAUACAAGUAAGAUGGUCAUAUAAGUGGAGUCAAUUUAUUUUAAAGAUGCAGCUCUAUUCUAUAAUAAAUAAAAGUGCAAGUAUUUUGUUGUGGGAGAAAAAUGUAUGGCCGGGUCCUACCAGAUCAUAUAAUGAUUGGUUUUACAAUAGGAACGAGUUUAUUACAUAUAGUUGUUUCACAUCUUUUAGGAUUUUUUCAUAUUCCGUCUUAGCACAAUUUUCUCGUCGCUGCAAAAGAGAUGGCAAUGUGCCAAUGUAAUUUCUUUUGGAAGACCUAAAAUUCUGAAGACUGAAGCUUUUGUCCUGAAUGGUCUUUCAUACAUCACUUAAAUAUCGCGCUCAAAUAUAGACGCUUUGGCGUUUUUUUAGUUGCUCGAGUGUGUACAUAAAGGGUCUCUAUUUUACUAAAACUCUGAUGACGAAAUAUAGAAUAGGCAAAUAUAGCUGGAUCAUUCUCACCCCUGCAGUGUAAAUGUGGGAGGCAAUUUUGUGCCCACAUAACAACUAAACAUGCGUGUCUAUAUUCACGCUUUAACAGCUAGGGUAUAGAUAAAAAUACCUCAAAUAUAAUCAGAAUACAAAAAAGUGCAAUUUAUAUAUUAAUAAUUUGAUAAUUUUCAUCAUUACAGGUUAUCAUCAUAUAAGUAUAACAAACUUAAUACUUUUAAAGUCCAUGUUUAGAAUAAGAUAUACAUCUGUCUAUCUGUUAAUGUCAGAAAUAUAUACCAAAUAUUUUUUAUUCAUUUCUUAUGAAAUUAUAAGCAGGCUGGUUAAAUAUUUGACUAAAAUAUUCAAUUUUUUUAAUAAAACUCCAUGUUAAAUAAUAUGGCGAAAAUAUGAUAAAUGUAUACUACAUUAAUAUACAAGUUCGGCGCACUGGUUCGGCGUCGCAGCUUUCGCGAGUGACGUCACUCGAUCGCGUCCGACAGUCAAAUAUUUAACCAGCCUGGUCUGCCUUUGCUUUGCUAAGAAUGAUGUAAAAACUUGCAUGAAUAAAUUCAAGUUAGAAUCAAAGUUUUUGAAAUCCACUUUUCUCAAAAGAUCUGCCGCGUUUCACCCUAUUAAAAUCAACAUCUGUUAAACUGCCAAUUUUUAACGGAUUGUUAUAUGACGUAUGUGUUAUACACGAAGCUAAAAUAAACGGGUUUUGUAGCUACUUUUGCGAUUCCUUAAACAAAAGUGGUCAUGCAGUAUUUGUUCUUUACUACUUUAGAAAAUGUCUUCUUUAGUUUUAUUACAAUUAUACAUUGUAAUAAUCAGUUAAUCACAGAACCUUUCCUAAACUUCGAAGGGUGGAGAAAAUAUAAAUUCUACUAUUACUUUGCACAGAAUUUCACCUCACAUUGAACAUAUAAAAGACAAUGAAAUAUUAAACAGUUUAAUGCAUUGUUGCCAUUGGAAAAAAGUUGCUAAUUAGCGUGUUCGCUAUAGGUAAAUAAAACUUCGAUUAAUUUCAAUCACAUUUCGUUAUAUGUUUAUUCGCAUAAGCUGUUCGUCUACCGGUUUGUUUGGACAAGUUGAAACAGUUUCCAAUAUGAAAUGUAAACUUUGCUGGCCCACAUUGUACACAAUGUCAAAUCCAAAUUGGAGAGAAAAAUUAACAGUGUCAUGAGCGUCUCGUUCUGCAUGUAAAAAUUAAUUUAAACCGAUAUAUUAGCAGUAACUUACGUUAAUUUUUCGGCUCAAACAUCGCUAGGAAGUAGCCCAGUUCUCACAAAGUGUAAUCGGGUAAUUUUUUAUUUGAUAAAAUUCAUCGUCGAAUUACGUAAGUCGGCAAUAGUAGACGCUUUGAACUAAUUAGAACACAGGUGUAAUUUCAGAAUUUUUUAUUAUCGGAUUUCCAAAUCUACUAAAAGUAAUAUAAACUUAAUUUUUUUAUCUGCAGGGCGCUAAGAAGUAACAAGCACUUAUUUUAUUAAUACCUUAGCGACGGGAGUUAUAUAGAAAUAUUUUCAACCUUCGUAAAACUGAUCUGGAAACAAUGUUUAAUAUUCCCCAGAUCCAUGGAAACAAUGUUUAAAUUCUUUUUCAAAUGUUCCUCAAAAGUGCAAUGCGAUUACAUUACACAUUUUGUAUGCAACAACAUAGUCAUAUACUAUAAUAUAGUAGUAUAUACUUGACUCUAUUUCUGUUGUGUAUAUCUCAAAUGACAGAUCGGUUUGUAAAAAAUACUUGAAAAUCUGUGAAACUACAGAGCAGAUAUUAAGUCGAUCGACUCGAUUAUAUAUACACUGUAAAUUUCAAAAGCGUUAUUCUGGCCAAAAAUGGUGAGAUAAUACUACUUUUGGAGAUGAUUUAACUCCUGAAAAAAAACGCACAGGGCUGGAAAAACUUCUAAAUUUAUUUCUAAAUACUAACAUUUAAUGGUGGUUUACACCGAUCGAAGUCGAUGGUUGAAAAAAAUCAUUAUACUGCCUUCGUCGGGGACAUCAUGAAUGGAUCCUAUUUAAUUAAAUUAUAUAUUAAGUUUAAACUUAAAGCACUUCUAUAGUGAUCUCAGAGCACUUGAAUUCAAUGGAUUACGAUCAAUAAGGCAAGGCAAAAUCGUAGAAUUUUCGCCUCCAAAAUUCCUUGGUAUACGAAGUUUUGUAUAUAUAGUGUACGUAAGCUUAAUACAGGUAUACAUUUUUAAUUUUUUUCAAUAAAAUAAUUGCAUGAAAAAUAAAUGUUGUUAAGGUCAGUUGUCAAGGUUGCAGUUUCAAUGUGUUAGGAUAUGUUUACACUACACCGUACGCGAAAAACACCUAUCCGAUACGGAAUGUACAACUUCCAGAAGCUGAGCUAAGCAACAUCUCUCUGUUGCAAUAAUUCCUCUGAAAAUAGCGUUCCGAAAAGGUACGAAUGUCGAAUGGGUGUUUUUUCACGUCGCUAUGGAAAGUAACCUUAAUGAUGUAAUAUCUGAGGACUAUAAAGUAUAAGAUAUUUAAACGGUCACUUCUCUUCAGCUCUUGAAAAUCUACACCUGUGUAAUUGAUAAAGAUCUUUUUGGAAUCUAUCAAAUAUUGGGAUUGAACUUUCUAGUCGAACAGUUGAUUUUGAGUAGUAUAUAUUGGUUUAAUUAUUACAUUUCCUUUGCGAAUAAUUUGCACGUAGAGCAGAACGAUGAAAUUAAUUUGCAAGGCAAAACUUAAAUGCAUAGUUUAUAGAUUCACUAUACUUGUAUUCCACAUGCCCUUUCUUGCUUAAAAUGCACGAUCGGAAAGUGGGAAAAUUAUAAUUUGUAAUUUCAUUGGCUGCUACGCACAUUUAAUUUAUCCCAGAAACCUAACGUGAUUAAUUUUGCUAAAUUGAAUGAUGCAUCGCUUUUAAAAAAGUAACUGCAUCUCAAUGACAGGGAAAACCUGCACUUCUUGCACAAACUCAAAAUUCGUAACAGUUGCGACGGUUUAGUUUGUUUUUCGGUGUUAAAAUUAAUUGUAUUUCGAAAUUUAAUAAUCCCUAAUUUUCCUCCGGGCUAAUUGAUCGUAUGUGCAGAUUAAACACUCCCAUAAGGCUUGCUUAAAAACCAGAUGCCAGGCUAGCCUUGGUUUGGCAAACAAAUUCACCAAGCGGAAAAAUUAUCAAAGUAUUUUAAUAAAUUUAAAGUUAAACAUGUCGCGUCAUAGUUUGUAUAAAGUGAAAAAAGACCUUCUUUGAAUUAUAAGAAGUGUCUAUUUCUUUGUUAAUAAUGAGGGAAUCUGUCAAAUUUUUAUAUAUUAAAUAUUCACGUUAGUCACAUAUUGACGCCCACGUUACGGUAGCUUAUCUUUCAGCCAUAGAGUAUUUAAGACAAUUCAUUUUUUCACUAGAUUAUACACGCCUGUACUACACAGAGAGAGGAUUAGCAGAGACGAUCAACAGAUUAUACACUGUUACAAAAAUGAGAUCAAGUUUUGUGUGCUUUCUUACGGUUGCUGCCGUACUGGUGUUAACGAACGCAGCUCCAGCCGUUGUGAAAAAUGGUCACCGAAUAGGAGAGAUAUCACGAAGAGGUUCUACUCCGACGACAACGGUAUUUGUAAGUAUCCGAGAAUAUUUCUAAUUGAAAUAAGAAUCUUUUGCCAGAAUGUUCGAAAAUCUACGAAUUUGCUAUCCCCAUUAAAUGCUAGCUUUUUUCUAAUUUCUAAUUCUAAAUAACAUUUCAAAAAUUUUAAUUUUACUUCUCUAAUUAAUAUAUAGUCCUCGAAAAUAGACAUUUAUAGUUAAAUAUACCUUUUUUGCAUGAAUAGCUAAAUCGGUAAUGUUCUAAAUUCUAAUUUUUACACUCUUAUUCUUGAGUGUAACAAAAGUAACAAUUUUCAGAAUCGAAUAUAUUCUUCGAACUUAAAGAUAAAUAAUAAAGCCCAGCAUUUCGAACAAGACAAUUAAUAAAGAGUAAACAUUAUUUCGCUGACGCAUCCUUGUACAUUUUUUGAAGCUUCAAUUAGAUAUACGCGUCAAACAAUACAAGACAAAAAUCUGAGGUGUAAAUUUGACUACAUUCGUAGCUAUUAGCACUCAUCAAGACCAUGUUUAUGGCAAAAUUAUGACAAAUAAUGACGAAAUUUUACAGCUUCGCUUUUUUUUAUUUGACACACUUCGGAUAACGGACUCGACAAUGAGAUCUCAUUAUAAUAUUCUAUUUUGGUUUAGUUUGUAGUACAAUAUAAAACAGUACAACACAUAAUUGUACAAUCUAGUAUGGUGCAGUGCACUAAUGUUAACGUACUCAACAAUAAUAUUAAUAUUGAUAGUGAAUGUACGUACAAGUGUUUACUGUAAAGAGAAGUUCAAAACGGAAGCUGUCUUUACAAAAUAAAAAACGACAGCACUGUUUAUAUUUGUAUUUGAAAACCCGACAACCACUAUGCAACUUUUGCCGCCAAAAACCGUUGCAUGCAACUUGCUUAAAACUUGAGUUUAAUAAUUGUACUGUGUAAAUCAAGGAAGAGAUUAUUUCGCUGGUCUCAAAGUGACAAAAUGUGACAAAGCAACGGUUUUACUAACACUAAUCCUAUUCCAAACACCAACUCUAACCCUAACCUUAACCCUUACCCUAACCUAACCCUAUGCCAAAUUUGUUUCUAAACCAAUCUUGAAGAAAAAAGUUUUGACGAAAUGUCAUUCUGAGGUCAGCGAAAUAGUAUUUACCGUAAAAUCAAGCACACAACUCACCUACGCGGGCGCCGCGACAUGUGUGCCUGAUUUACAAAACUCAAGUUGUAAGCAGGUUGCACGAGACAGAUUUAGGUAAAAGUUGUGUAGUGUUUAAAAUCGGCCUGAAAAUAAAAGAUAGCCCUUUUUUUCGAACGUGGAGGCGACCUUACUUUCAGGGGAAUAUACUGCAUCUGGAAAACAGACACAAACUGUUAUAUUUUUAGGGCAAGAGGGCGUUAUACAUUCAGUACUCCUGCUUCCAUAAAGUACUAAUUUCUGUCUGUGUUUUUUCCAUCUCAUUUUAGUUGUAUUGUCGAAGUGGCUAUUAUGAAUGUUUGGACAAAACGCCUGACAAUUAUUGUAUGCGGAAUUACAAAACGUGCCUCGCAAACUACACAUGA